AUGAGAUCGUCGUGCGGACCAUACCCUCGCGCCACUUUCCGCCAACCUCAGCCGCGGGAAAUUCCCCACCGGUACCCUCCCAGGCAACCCAAUUCCCCGCCGGACGGCUUCUGUCGUCGACCCCCUCCCAGGCCCCCGAGUUUCAUCGUCGUGCUCCUCUCCGACCAACGUAACCACCAGAAAGCCGACAUCGACGCCGUGAUCGCUAAAUGCAAGUACAAGCCCGAAAACGUCGAGUUCUCUCCCUCUAAUGUCAUAGUGGUCUCCUUGUUCUACACACAAUGGGUCCACGCGCUCGAGGCCAUUGUUUGUCUUUGGGAAUCGCGGCUCGACGGGGUUCAUAAUCUGACACCGGAGUUGAACCGGUUUGUUUCUGUGCCGUCCGAUCUCGAGGAGCUCCAGGACCGGCUCAGAGGCUUGUUCACCGAAAGAAUUAAGAAAUUGAUCGACGGGGAAGCAGUGAAGGAGUGGGAGGCGAAGCGGGCCCUGUUGUCUAAGGAAUUUGAGCGAGUUUCAAAGUUACUUCUGAGGCCAAGCCCUGUUUGGACUCUGGAUGACUUAGCUCAGAAGAAGAGGAGGAGUAAAUGCGAAAUGGAAUUGGUGGAGAGUAAGAUUAGGGAGUUCAAGUCGGCAAUGAACUGUUUGCUUGCUUAUCUUGAUGGGAACGGGUUGGAGGAGUGUGGUGAAGAAGGCGUGCAAGUGUUUAAAUUUUCAAGUGAAGUAUAUGAUUGGGGUCGAAUUCAGAGCAUAAUGGCUCGGGAGUGCCACAGACUCGAAGAAGGGUUGCCCAUUUACGCUUAUCGGCAGCAAAUUCUUCAGCAAAUUCUUACCCAGCAGGUCCUGGUGUUAAUUGGAGAAACUGGUUCAGGAAAGAGUACACAGUUGGUGCAGUUUCUUGCUGAUUCUGGAAUUGCUGCUGAGCAGUCUAUUGUAUGCACUCAGCCUCGCAAGAUUGCUGCCACGUCGUUGGCCGAAAGGGUUACACAAGAAAGUAGUGGGUGUUAUAGAGAAAAAUCAAUAAAAUUUAAUCCGACAUUUUUGUCAGGGCAGGAGUUGAAUUCUAAGGUAAUAUUUAUGACGGACCACUGUCUACUGCAGCACUACAUGAAUGAUAUGAAUAUGUCUGGGAUUUCUUGCAUCAUAAUUGAUGAGGCUCAUGAAAGGAGCUUGAAUACUGAUCUCCUUUUGGCAUUGAUCAAAGGUUUACUAGGUCGAAGACCUAGUUUACGACUUGUUAUAAUGUCUGCAACAGCUGAUGCAGAAGUGCUUUCAAAUUAUUAUUAUGGCUGUGGAAUCUUUUAUGUGGUGGGGAGGAGCUUUCCCGUUGAUGUUAGAUAUAAACCUUCUUUCAAUGAAGGAACUUCUAGUGAUGCUACUUCCUAUGUUUCUGAUGUGCUGAGGGUAGCAACGGAGGUACACAAAAAAGAGAAAGAAGGGACAAUUCUUGCCUUUUUGACUUCCCAGAUGGAAGUAGAAUGGGCUUGUCAGAAGUUUAUAGCACCUGGUGCAAUUGCACUGCCACUGCAUGGAAAACAAACUUUUGCAGACCAAUAUAAUGUUUUCCAAAACUACCCUGGAAGAAGAAAAAUUAUAUUUUCCACAAAUCUGGCUGAGACAUCUCUGACAAUUCCUGGGGUAAAGUAUGUGAUUGAUUCUGGUAUGGCUAAAGAAAGCAAAUUUGAACCUGCAAGUGGCAUGAAUGUUCUAAGAGUUUGCAGAAUCAGCCGGAGUUCUGCUAAUCAAAGAAGUGGCCGUGCUGGAAGAACGGAACCUGGUAUAUGUUAUAGACUCUACUCAAAAAAUGAUUUUGAGGCGAUGCCUCCUUGCCAGGAACCUGAGAUCCGUAGAGUUCACCUUGGUGUUGCAGUUUUGAAGAUUUUGGCUUUGGGCAUCAAGAAUUUAAAAGAUUUUGAAUUUAUUGAUGUACCUUGUUCUGAAGCUAUUGACAUGGCCAUGCGGAACCUUAUUCAGUUAGGAGCUGUGAAGCAAACUGAUGAUGUUUUUGAAUUAACCAAGGACGGUUGGUUCUUGGUUAAAUUGGGUGUUGAGCCUCGGCUUGGUAAAUUAAUCCUUGGUUGUUGUAACCACAGCUUACGUAGGGAAGGCCUUGUUCUUGCAUCUGUAAUGGCAAAUUCCAGUAGUAUAUUUUGUAGAGUUGGUACUGAUGAAGAAAAACUUAGAUCAGACUGCCUUAAGGUGAAAUUUUGCCAUCGUGAUGGGGAUCUCUUUACCCUUCUCUCUGUGUACAAGACAUGGGAUAAUUUGGCUCAAGAGAAGAAAAACUCGUGGUGUUGGGAAAACAGCAUUAAUGCCAAAACUAUGAGGAGAUGCCAAGAAAUGGUAAAGGAUUUGGAGUCUUGCCUUAAACAUGAACUCAAUAUGAUAAUUCCUAGUACCUGGUGUUGGAAUCCACAUGAAUCAAAUGAUUGUGAUAAAUAUUUGAAAAAGGUUAUACUUUCUUCCCUUGUGGAAAAUGUUGCUAUGUUCUCGGGACAUGAUCAACUUGGUUAUGAAGUGGCAUUAAGUGGGCAACAUGUUCGGUUGCAUCCUUCGUGUUCAUUGUUAGUAUUUGGUGAGAAACCUAGUUGGGUAGUAUUUGGUGAACUCCUGUCAAUUUCUAAUCAAUAUUUAGUCUGCGUCACUUCCAUUGAUUUCAACUCUUUGUCUACCCUAUGUCCUCCUCCUUUGUUUGAUGUAUCUAAGAUGGAAAGUCAAAAAUUGCAACUGAAAGUUUUGACUGGUUUUGGCAGUACUCUGCUUAAAAGAUUUUGUGGGAAGGGCAACGGUUAUCUGCUUCAUCUUGUUUCACGUGUUAGGUCAAUUUGCAAGGACGAACGUAUCAACAUUAAAGUCGAUUAUUAUCAGAAUGAGAUUACGUUGUUUGCCACCUUGCAUGACAUGGAUAGGGUUUCAAGCUUUGUAUAUGAUGCCUUGGAGUGUGAACGAAAAUGGAUGCGAAAUGAAUGUUUGGAGAAAUGCUUGUAUCAUGGUUCUGGUGUCUUGCCUUCAAUAGCAUUGUUUGGAGCUGGUGCUGAGAUCAAGCAUCUGGAGCUUCAAAAAAGGUGUUUGACUGUUGAUGUAGUUCAUUCAAAACUAGAUUCCAUGGAUGAUAAGGAGUUACUUAGUGAGCUUGAAAAGUAUGCCUCUGGUAGUAUAUGUGCUAUUCAUAAGUUCACUGGCACUGGGCAGGAAAGUGUUGAUAAAGGAAAGUCGGCCAGGAUAACAUUUUUAAGUCCUGAUGUGGCUCAAAAAGCUGUUGAACUAAAUGAAUCUGAAUUUAGUGGCUCCAUACUGAAGGUUAUUCCUUCUCAGGUUGGGGGUGAUCGUAAAAUGUUGUCGUUCCCUGCUGUUAGAGCUAAAGUUUAUUGGCCUCGCAGGCUAAGCAGGGGGAUUGCAAUUGUCAAAUGUGAUGUGGAUGAUGUUGCUUACAUGGUUAAUGAUUUUUUUAACCUUUUAGUAGGAGGAAGAAUUGUUCGUUGUGAAACUAGCAAAAGAUCCAUGGAUUCUGUUGUGAUCAGUGGACUUGAAAAAGAUCUUUCUGAGGCUGAAAUUUUGGAUGUGUUGAGGACUGCUACAAGUAGGAGAAUCCUGGAUUUUUUUCUGCUGAGAGGAGAUGCUGUAGAAAAUCCGCCAUGUGGUGCUUGUGAAGAUGCUCUCCUAAAAGAAAUAUCAACCUUUAUGCCUAAAAGAUACUCCCACAAUAGCUGCAGCAUUCAGGUUUUCGAGCCUGAACAAAAGAAUGCUUUCAUGAGAGCUUUGAUUACAUUUGAUGGAAGAUUACACUUGGAGGCGGCAAAAGCUUUGGAACAAUUAGAAGGGAAAGUUUUGCCUGGGUUCCUUUCAUGGCAAAAGAUGAAGUGCCAGCAGUUAUUUCAUAGCUCUCUAUCCUGCCCUGCCCCUGUUUAUCCUGUGAUCAAGAAGCAGUUGGAUUCGUUACUUUCAAGUUUUUUUCAACUAAAUGGUGUAGAAUGGAGUUUAGAUAGGAAUGCUAAUGGCUCCUACAGAGUGAAGAUAUCUGCCAAUGCUACAAAAACAGUUGCAGACCUGAGAAGACGUGUGGAGGAGCUUGUGAAAGGGAAGACAAUAGACCAUGCCAGCCUCACUCCAACUAUUUUACAGCUUCUGUUCUCCAGAGAUGGCACUGCUCUAAUGCACUCACUACAGAGAGAGACGGGAACCUAUAUUCUUUUUGACAGGCGUAACGUCAGUGUACAGGUCUUCGGUUCUUCAGACCAAGUUGGUGUGGUCCAGCAGAAAUUGGUUGACUCCCUUUUAACACUCCAUGAAAAUAAGCUGAUUGAGAUCCGACUUCAAGGUAGUGCCUUACCUCCUGAGUUGAUGAAAGAGGUUGUUAACAGGUUUGGGGCAGACCUCCAUGGGCUCAAAGAGAAGGUACCAGGGGCUGAUUUUAGUCUAAAUGUUCGCCGUCAAGUCAUUUCCAUUCAUGGAAACAAGGAUUUGAAGCAGAAAGUAGAAGAUAAUAUUUAUGAGAUUGCACAGAUGACAGGUAGUUCGACUGAGAGGUUUAAUAGUGAAGCUGAUUGCCCCAUAUGUUUGUGUGAGAUUGAAGAUGAAUACCGGCUUGCGGUGUGUGGGCAUUUAUUUUGUCGUUUGUGUUUGGUGGAGCAGUGCGAGUCUGCAAUAAAAAACCAAGAUAGUUUCCCAAUGUGCUGUGCACACGAGGGUUGCAGGUCUCUUAUUGUGUUCAGUGAUCUGAGAUAUCUCUUAUCAAGUGAGAAGCUGGAGGAGCUCUUUAGGGCCUCAUUGGGAUCAUUUAUUGCUUCAAGUGGGGGAAUCUACAGGUUUUGCCCUUCUCCUGACUGCUCGUCUGUGUAUCAGGUAGCUGCUCCUGGGACAGAUGGUGAACCAUUCGUAUGUGGUGCAUGUUAUGCUGAGACAUGUACCCGGUGCCAUUUAGAAUAUCAUCCAUACUUGUCGUGCGAGCAGUACCGGGAGUUCAAGGAAGAUCCAGAUUCAUCAUUGAAGGAGUGGUGCAAAGGAAAAGAACAUGUGAAGAGCUGCCCGGUAUGCAGGUAUACAAUUGAGAAGAUAGAUGGGUGCAACCAUAUAGAAUGUAGGUGUGGGAAGCAUAUUUGCUGGGUGUGCUUGGCGUCUUACGGAACCAGCAAUGAAUGCUAUGACCAUUUGAGGAGUGUUCACAUGGCCAUCAUUUGA